ACGGGCUCCACACCGCCUCCUGCCGCUGGUGGAUGAAACCAAGUGUGAGGGGAAGACAGAGAGUCGCGCGCGCAGGGGUCGCGCGCUCCACCCGCAGGCACGCUCCCCGAGGCCAGCGGCCACCCCUCCCAUGGCGGCGCAAUAUGGCCCGGCCCGGGGCGAAGGGGCGGGGACCCGGACUUGAAGAGCCGGCCUUUGAGCUAAAGGCGGGAAAUGGCGGAUUUCUCGGGACGCGGAGCUGGGAAACCUUCCACGGGGGGUCCCGGCACUCCUGGUGGCGCCAAGAUGAAAGGAAGAAGAACGCAAGGUGGAAGAGUGGUUGAGUCCCGAUACUUGCAGUACGAGAAGAAAACCACCAAAAAGGCUUCUGCAGCAGAUGCAUUAAAGACCAGUGGGAAGAUGCCAGAAGGGGGAAGGAAACUCCAGCUGCUCCAGAAGAGCAAAGACGGCAGUGGAAUCGGGAAGGGUGACCUGCAGUCCACGUUGCUGGAAGGGCACGGCACCGCCCCGCCGGACCUGGACCUCUCAGCCAUCAACGACAAAAGUAUGGUUAGAAAGACUCCGCAAUUAGAAAAAACGAUGUCGAAGAAGACUGAGUCAUCGUCAUUUUCUUCUUCACAGAGAAAGAGCCCGGACCUGUCGGAGGCGAUGGAAAUGAUGGAAUCCCAAACGUUGCUCCUGACCCUGCUGACCGUAAAGAUGGAGAACGGUCUCGCUUCAUUCGAAGAAAAGGCAGAGAGGAACUUACUAAUAAUGUGUAAAGAGAAGGAGAAGCUGCAGAAGAAGGCCCAUGAGCUGAAGCGCAAACGUCUCCUCACUCAGAGGAAGCGGGAGCUAGCAGCCGUCCUUGACGCUCAGAUCGAAAUGCUCAGCCCCUAUGAGGCUGUGGCCGAACGCUUUAAGGAGCGGUACAAGACAUUUGCCACGGCCCUGGACACCACGAGGCACGAGCUUCCUGUGAAAUCGAUCCACCUGGACGGGGACGGGCAGAGUUUCUUAGAUUUUAUUUUUAAGUAAUCUCUACACCCAUCGUGAGGCUCAAAGUCGCAAACUCAAGAUCAAGAGUCACACCCUCCAGCGACCAAGCCAGCCAGGCGCCUCAACCCCAUCCUGCCCUCUACACAGAGCCAUGGGAUCCCUCUCUUGCAUAGGGUUCCCACCUAAUCCUUCACGGGAAGAAAUCAGCAAGCAUGCUUGAUCUUAAAAUUCUCUUUAGAGGAAGUAUCUUCCCAAAGCAAGUUUUCAGUUGCCUUAGUGUCUGGUUAUUUCCAGGCAGGGCCCUCAUGAGCCAUCUACAUACGUCUAGUUUGAGGCUGAUGUAGUAAAGCAUCACCACCUAAAAUCAGGUGGACAGUCCCUCCAGAACUUGCCACAAACGCAGUUCAGGAUCACAAAGGCUGUUGUUGUAUUGGUAAUCUCAGAGAUGAUUCCUGAUCCACCUUUUCCCAGUAUGGAUAAGUAAGGGAAUCACAUGGAGUCUUGAAGAACGAGGCUUGUGGAGCGAUUAUCUGCGUGCAGGUGUCCGGUUUUAUAAUGACAGCAGUCAGCUGCACACCUGCGACUCGGACUCCGUCUCUGACAAGUGCCGUAGGUGGUGACUAGGAGUUGGGAUCGGGGA